UUAAUUUUAUUUUUAGAUAAAGUAUUUAAUGAUGCUGCACAAGUGAUAUCAGAUGAUGAAGCUCAGGAAUCUUCUGAAUUUUCUAGUUCAGAUUCCAAUAAAUCAAUACCUAGUGUUGCUCCCCUUUACAUUCCACAGUAUAAAAGUGAAGAUUUUGAUGUACUUUAUGCAAAAUUUGCUAAAAUGUUUUCAAAUGUUCGUAAAGUUAUUUCUCAAUCUCCACCUCCUUUAGAAGAGCUUAAGACAUUUAUUGAAGAUUUUAACUUUGACCUUGAAGCAGAAUUGAGUUUAAUAAAAAAUCAAGAAAGUGUAAUGCGUCUGAUUAGAAAAAAUUGUAGUCUCAUUAAUAUUGUCAUCCUUGAAGCUGUUGUUGAACACUUUGAGAUUCAUAAUGCUCAGAUAUACAUUUAUGAUUACAAGAGGGAAAUUAAGGAAUUUUGUCGCAAUUUAUCAGUUGAUCUGUGCUUGAAUGAGCCAUUUGAUGUAGUUAGGACCAGUCCUCCUCUUAAAUGUGAAACAGCUACUUAUGUACUUGGAUGGGAAGCUACCGAGCAUAAACUGAAGGAUGUUACUGAUAUUGUAUCAAAAUCUUCUGGUAAAUUUGUGAAACUGAUCAACAUCAAAAGCACUCAAUCUAUCACCAUCACUUGCUCCUUCCCUCACUCUCUCACUGAAGCUCUCAUUAUAAAAUUGAGUGACAAUCUUGAAUUACUAAAAAAGAAUGAUCUAAUGGAGCUUACUGUUGGAUACUGCACAAUAUGGAAGAAACAAAAGAUACAAGAAAUACAAGAAUCACUGGAAGAGGAGGUACAGGAGAUAAAGGAACAAGAUAAAGAUCAUGAUAAAGUGAAUAAACCAAUAGCAAAAUCUGUUUUUAUUGCUCGUUAUGGCUAUUAUGUGAUUGACAGUGUUGAUAUAUCAUUCAGUGAGGGAGAGUGGCUGGAGAUAUAUAGGAAGGAUGAUAGUUUUUAUUGGAAAGGAAGAUCCUUGGUGUCUGGUGAUGAAGGAGACAUUCCUAGUAGUUGUGUUUACUCAAUGUUGGAGUCACUUCAAUUGUUAGAGUUUAUACUGUCAGUGGAAGAAGUGUCCCUUCCUAUUUUACAGAAGAUAAGGAAUGAUUCAUCUAGUAAUGAUAAGAAAGCUUCUUAUUUUUUGAAGACUAUUAAUGAUGAUCCUAUUAUGAUAUCUGCACUGAGACAAGACAAGGAACAACAUGAUAAAGGAGUCACUGGGAGUGUGGACUGGGGCUUUGACAGGGUAUCCCUUACCUCUCCAUCUCCAGUUCAGUGUAAUGAAGUAAUAAGUAGUAUUAAUAAUAAUUUUAAGGAGAUUCUCCUCCAUUCUUCAUCUACUAAUAGUACAAUAACUAUACUAUCAUCAACUAAACUGAGUACACUAAACCUGAGGACAGUGAGGAGAUUUGAGAUAUGGUUGACUCCAUUAACUAAUGAUUGUAUCCAGUACUUAUGUAUACUAAUAACUAAUAACAGAACAAUACAAGAACUAGACAUCAAUGGCCACUCCAUUAGUGAUAGAGGAGUUUCUAAUAUCUGUCAAGCACUUGAACACAGCUCUACACUUACCUCAUUAGAUCUUUAUCAUAAUCCUCUCAUCACUUCUACUAGUGGACAGGCUCUUUCUCACCUACUCCUCAAUAACUCAUCACUAGUUGAACUGAAUCUAACGGAGACUUCAUUGUCUGCUGAGUCAAUACUACUUAUCCUCCAGUCAUUAAGUAAUAAUAAGAAUAUAAGGAUACUCAAGCUAGACGAGCGACAUGAAGAGACUUGUAUUAAUACUUAUCCUAACUAUCACCUCAUACAAGACAGAGUAGACUGGUGGGGGUACUAAUCACUUUAUUUUAACUUAUUAAUCUCUUGAUACAAUAAUUAUACCAAACUAGUAUAUUCUGUAUACAUUCCUUCUCUAAACUGACACACAGUGAUGUCAUUGUCUCCCUCUUUCUUUUCAUCAUUUUUUUCUACUUAAUUCCCUCUUCUUUUAUUACUACCUCUCCGUCAGUCUCUAAUAAAUUUUCUCAGUCCAGCUGACCUUCCUCCAUUUUAGUAAGUCAGUCUUGAGAUAGAAAUGGAAAGAAUUUUUUGAAACUGACAUGAAUUUGUAGAAAACAGGUUCCAUGAAUUACUAUUGUAAGUUCUAUAAUGAUACUAUUAACACAAUAACUCUUGCUUUUUCCAAUCUCACUUCAAUAGCAUUAAAA